AUGGCGGAGUCUGCUGUGAGAUCGAAAGGAUGGAACUUGACAACGGAGGGAUUCACGCUUUGUUUGCCAUCAGAUGGAAAUCAUGUGUCUGCAGAGAAAGUAAUAGAUGUGGCUAAAAAUACUGACUUGCGUGAGAUUGGUGAGAAGUGGUUGCCAGAUGAACUGAACAGAGGGAAAUGUGAAUAUGUGGAAGGUCCAGGUGUUCUUCAGAUUCAAAAGAUCCGCAACAUCUCUGCCCCAAAGGAACAUGAAGAAUCCCAGACAGCACCACGUAUGCUGAGAUUAACAAUGACGGAUGGGCAGCAGACCUGUAAUGCCAUCGAGAUGCAGAGACUGGAUAGGAUUGGACUUGACACAGCACCUGGAACUAAGAUCUGUAUUAAAGGUACAGUGGAGGUUGAAAACGGGUUCCUCUUACUUACCAACAAAAACACAAUAUUUGUUGGAGGGCGUGUCAACAAACUAGCUGAGAACUGGGAAUUAAAAAAGAUGCUGGCAGGACAAUCACGAGCCAAUGUGGGCUCUGAAGGGGGUCCUCCAUUAUUUGUCCCCUUUGGACAGAGAAUACGAGAUGGAAGGGGAGCUGUCCAGGUCAAUAAGAGAGAUAACUUUAAAUCUAUCGAAUCCAAUAAGAAGGAAGAGAAGACAGCAGAGGAGAUCGAGUUUGAGGAGCAAAGGAAGGCAGUCAUAGCUGAAGCAUUGCAAGCUAAAGAGGAAGGCAAGCCAAAGACAUUUGGAGGAGGUACAAAACAAGUGGGAAUGGACCGCGAAAUAUCAAGGAUCGUUGAGAUGGGAUUUACUGCUGAGGAAGCCAGUCGUGCACUCAGACAAAAUGAUAAUGAUGUGACAUCAGCUAUAAAUCAAUUGCUGAGUGGCAGGAGAAACUUCAGGGACCGACCUAUGAGUGAUCGCGGUGACAGACGGGGGCCACAGAGAGACUUUCGUGAGGACCGACAAGAUAACAGGAGAGAUGACAGACGCAAUGAUAGACGAGAGGACCGGCGAGAUGAUAGAAGGGAUGAUAAACGAGAUGACAGGAGAGAAAACACAAAAGGUGGUCGUGGCCGUGGGCGAGAGCGGGAGGAUUUCGGAGAGGACAUGGGGUCCAGUCGACCUUCAGGUCCUGCCACACUUUUUGACUUCUUAGAAACCAAGAUCAAACCAUCAAAUGAUAAAAGCAGUAAUCCACAAACAGAAAAGAAUUCUUCCCAGAGUUCCUCAUCAUCCUAUACAAAGUCUCAAAAUCAGUACUCCACCAAUCAGAACCAACGAAACAAUGAUUCAGACUUUAAUAAAAGAUAUCAAGGAAACAAUCGAAACGAUGAUCCUCCCAGUAAAAACUAUCGUGGGGGCAAAGAGUCACGCCCCCAAACAGGACCAGCCUCUGUUUCUAAGGCACAAAACUCACAGAAGUCUUCAUAUCAUAAUAAUCAGAACAAUGAAAAGACAUCUGCAAGAUCAAACAUUUCAAAUGAAAGAGGGAAACAGAGUUACAGUAAUCAGCCUGGAAACCAAAGAGUUAGCAACAGUCAAAAUAACUACAAUAACGCACAGUUUAAUAGUUCUAGGAUAGAGGACAGAGGGGGACAAAAUAACUCACGGGGUACAUUCGACAACAGUGGAAAUAGCAGCGACUCAAAUAGACAGAGCCGUCCAGUAAAGUCACAGGGUUACAACAAGAGAGAUAAUCCAACAAUCUCGUCCCAGAACUACAACACACAGUCUAGUGCUCAAAGUGAUAGCAGGCAAUAUGGAGGCCAAAAUGGGAAUAAGCAUCAAGGACAGAGUGAAAGUAAAACAUACGGAUCACAGAACGACAGCAGGCAAUACGGAAGGAACGAGAACAGACAGUUUGGUCAAAAUAACAGUCGGCAGUACUCUGGUUCACAAAGUGAAUGUAGGCAAUAUGGACAAAGUGAAAGUAGACAUUACAGUGCUGGGUCACGUUCUGAACAAUAUCGAUCCGAUGAAACGCCUUCAGGCCGUGAGCAAAACUUUGAUAGCAAACGAAACAAAGAAUUCGGUAAAGGGCCACAAAACAGCCAGCCAAUGAGACAACCCAACGAAUCAUCAAACCAGAGAGGAAAUAACAGGAAAAACUAUCAAAACCAAUCACAGAACUUUUCUGCCCCGUCCACAUCCUCAUUUAAGAAAGGUGACCCCUGUCUGGCUAAAUACUGGGAAGAUAACAAGUUCUAUCCAGCCGUGGUACAGGCACUCUACCCAGACCUGCCUACCUGUAUUGUCUUAUUUACAGAAUAUGGAAAUGAGGAAGAAGUCAAUCUUACUGAUGUGAAACCCUUGAGCAUGCUUCCCAGUCAGUACCUACCUCAUCAACAGCAGCCCCAGCAGCAGCAAUAUAUGGACUAUGGGGGUCACCAACAGGGACAUCCUGGCCCUGACAACCACAUUAAUAGUAUGGAGUUUCGUCGACGACCUACAAGAACUGAACCUAGCAAGCCUACACAGGCGUUUUACCAACCCCCAAGUCAACGGCAUUGAUCCAAAUGUUGACCCCAACCCAGACAUAUCCUUGACUGGUACCUCGUGCUUCCCCGGUGUAAAAUCUCCGUAAGAUUGUAAUGUUGUUCUGUAGAUCACAAGAUUGAACAGUUAAACUAACUUAUAGAUGCUCAAACCUGAUUUGAAAGUCUUGUGGCUUUGCCAAGGCCAGUAAAUAUUAUACACUUGUUUAACUGUAUACAACUAUACCAGUGUAUCAUUAUGUACAUCAGUUAUGUACUUGGUAUUUACAUUUUUCAGGUCAUUGUUAGUUUUUGUCUUUAUUUAAUUUUUGUUGUCUAUAGAGUGCUGUUCUAUAUCUAUUUAAUUUAGAGAAAAACAAAAAAUGGCUAUUUUUUUGUACAUGUAUUAAUAAUUUGAUCUUAUACGAUACAUUGUGUAAUUCAGUCAAAUAAAAGGAAUAUAAUACUAGUUGACUCUGUGCAAUCAAGAACGCCAUUAAAGUUGUCUAAUUAUGAAAUCCAUUGGAUAUUAGGUUUUCAAAGAUCAUACAAGGUAAAAUUAUAUUAGUAAGGAAUGUUACACAUUUAGGAUUUAAGCUACCUUCACUGUAAAAGAUAUCUCUUGGUUGUGUUGGUUCACUUAAGGAUGUAUACUACCUUUCUACUAAUAAUAUUAAAUUCUACUUAAGGGUGUAUGUUACCUUUUUGGAAAGUAUUUUCUUUCCAGAAUAAUUAUUUACAUUGUACUUAGAUUAUUUUAUAGGUGUGAAAUGUACUUCACAAAUAUUAUAUGGUGCAAAGCUUCAUAUUUUAAAAUCUAGGUCCUUAGUGAAAUGGAGCCAUUGUGGUUUUAGUAAUUAUAUUUUUCAUAGCCUUUGGUAUAAUAAAACCUAAGACCACUGGCUUACUAGACUUAAACUACAAUGUAUACCAAUUGAGUAACAGAGAGAGGCGGCAGUAAUUUUUCUUGGGUAAAAGUUACUUCAGUGAUAUUUCAAAUAAGAGAUGUAUUAUGUGAAGGUAGAUAACUUAUUACAGUAGAUAAGGUAGCAAUAUGGUGCUUAACUGCUUAAACACUAAAUGAACAUUUCCUGGAAUUUGUUUUGGAAUAUCAAAUUUAUAGAACAAAAACAUUUGAUUAAUUGAUUCAACGAAUCAAAUAAGAUUAUUUUCAUGCUUAGGAGUUUACCAGAGCUGUUAGGGUAACUUUACAUUUUAGCAGAUGUACCUCAGAAAUCAUGUUUUGUUAUCAGCACUGUCCAUAAAUAUGAGGACCGAAAACAAUGUAAUGUAACUUAGUUGUAUUACUUAUUUUGUUAUAUAAGUGUGGAUAUGAUGGCUGUUUUGUUUGUUAUAGACAAAAAUGGGGUAUUUAGCACAGAUUAGAAUUUCAUUGCAUUUACUUAUAUUCUUACAGAAAUCGUAUGCCUCAAAAUUCACCAUUUCAACAAACAUACCAUAUUCAAUUGGUGGAAAUUCUAUAUAAAUUUAGCUAGAUCAAUUUAUAAACAUAACCUUGACCAUGAUUAAGCCACAACAGGUUUGUUUUUAUUAGCCAAAUUCACCAUUUCAACAAACAUACCAUAUUCAAUUGGUGGAAAUUCUAUAUAAAUUUAGCUAGAUCAAUUUAUAAACAUAACCUUGACCAUGAUUAAGCCACAACAGGUGUGUUUUUAUUAGCCAAACGAUUUGAAAUAGUUGUGUAUAUUUUAAAUUUAAAAAGAAAUAAGCCAAACAAAAUGGAAAUUUGAUCCAAGCAGAAGUGAACAAUGUACAGACCUGUGUGUUUACCCAGUGCUUCUAAUGAAAUUUGAUAUCCAGUCAGUGACUGUGUUCCAGAUUUCCUAAUGUGCUGUAUUAAGAAAGUUUAAUUUUAUAUUGACACAGGGUAUUUGCCUGGUUAAAUUGACUUUAGGUAUUUUGAUGCUGACAAUAAUUUUUAAAAGCAAUCAAUAAGAAUUGUAAAAAGUUACAAAAUAACCAUAAGUAUGCCAACUUGUGCAGAAUAUUGCUUUGAAAGAAUUCAACACCACUCAAACAAAUAUGUUUUUUCGUGUGUAGACAUUAGAUUUUAAUACAAACUCUGUGUUCUGGUGCUCCAACUAAAGAUAAUAUGUCUGACAUAUAAAAAUCCAAUCUGUAAUGUUUGUGUGCAUUGAACAGACACCAAUGCACCUACCUAUGUAUUGGAGAAAUUAAUUACUACUUUAUAAAUAUACACCUUCAUUGCAUUAUCAACUACAAUUAAAUCAGGUGUUAUAAAAUGAAUACUUAACUUUAAUAUUGAAGUUUUAUCUUGUCUAGAUAUUCAAUUUUACUUUAUGCAAGCUAAUAUUCAUGUGCAUGUUUACCAGCGCUUUGUUUUUGCCUGAAGAGAUAUUUCAGUUUUUGGAGAUGAAGUCUACUUUGAUAUCAGCUAGGAUAUGAAAAAGAAACAUUUUUCCCCCCAAUUUUUCAUGUUUGAAAAUUUGUCAGAUUAUCUGACCCUUUUUAUACUGCUGGACAACUGUAUAAAUUAUGGAUGACAUUUUCAAUGCUGAUUUGUAUUUAUGCAAUAGAAUGUACUGCAUUUGAUUAUAACCAGUUCAAUUCUGUACAAAUCUUGAUGAUAUGGUUGUGUAUGGAUUCUGUCUAAACUUCUUCCAAGAAGGCCUACAUUUUUGAGGCCAAGGGAUGUGUAUAAAACAUUAAACUCUUUGUAAGGAUUUUU